AUGUCUGAACGCUCCACCGUCCACGUCGAGGGCAUUGCCUCCGCUACCACCGACAAGGAGGUCCAAGAUUUCUUUAGCUUCUGCGGAAAGAUCACCCACAUUUCCGUGACCCCCGUUUCAGGCGAAGCUGAUGCCCAAAAGUCGGCCACCGUUACUUUCGAAAAGGAAGCUGCUGCUAAGACCGCUCUUCUCCUCGACAACACCCAGCUUGGUUCCUCUCUCGUGCACGUCAAGGCUGCCCAGAGCCUCGACGACAUCGCCGGCGAGCAGGCCGCCAGCGCCGGACAAGCCAAGGACGAGUACAACCACGACCUCGAGCAGGAGGACAAGCCCCGUUCUCGCAUUGUAGCUGAGUACCUGGCCCACGGCUACACCCUCAGCGACAAUGCCAUCCAGAAGGCCAUUGCCCUGGACAACAAGCACGGGUUCUCGUCGCGCUUCACCAGCGCUCUGUCUUCCUUCGACCAGAAGUACCAUGCCACGGACCGUGCUCGCGGUCUGGACGAGAACUACAAGCUCAGCGACAAAGCGACCACUGGCUGGCGUAGUCUGAACCACUACUUCGAGAAGGCCCUCGACACUCCCUCGGGCAGGAAGUUGCGGGACUUUUACUCCCAGACCGAUAAGCAGGUGCGCGAUAUUCACAACGAGGCUCGCAGACUUGCGGAUCUGAAGAGCGGCAAGUCUACUACUGAGGGUGGUGAAGCUCCUGCUCCUAGCACGGCGCCUGCUACUCAGCCGGCGGGUACUGCUGCUCCUGCUGAGCAGGCGUAA